CGCAAACGUGGCGGGAGGGGGCACUGAUGCGCAUGAGCCGCUGCUUCCCGCUCGGCCAGCCAGAGCUAGGGUGCCUGGGUCACGUGGCAGUCACGUAGUGCUUGCUGUGAGAGCCCAACGGUAGGUGCCAAGACCCCUGGGCUGGGCCCUAGGCCCCCAAACCUUCCUAGAGCUUACUGGGUCCUCAGCUCUUGGCCAGACCCGCCCCCAGGCCGCCCUCUCCCUCGUUCCCAUCCUUGGUGGCCCGCAGACCCUACCCUUUAUCAGACUCUGGCUCCCAGCCCACAGGCACAGGCCUCAGAUCCCCUUCUUCCUCAGUCCCUUCCCCCAGCGCGGAGAUCCCAACCCAGCACCCAGAGGUUUCCCUGAACCUCAGUCCACAUCCCCGGACCUCAGACCUUCUCCCAGCCCGCAGACCCUGCCCUCAGACUGUCUUCCUCCCUUCGAUCCCCUUGCAUAGCCUGGAGACCCUGCCCCUUCUCAGGUCCCAACCCUCAGGCCCCUCUUCCUCCAGACCCUUUUCCUAACCCCCUAGACUCCUUUCCUACGCUCAGAUCCUAUCCCUGGAGGUCCUUACACCUCCCUGAGAUGGAGUGCCCAGCCCUCAGACUCCCUUAGACCCCAGACCUGCUGGUUGUAGCUCCCAGAGCCCACCCCUUUGCACCGUCAAACGCCUGACAACAAAUCAGACCCCUCCUGACUCCCCUGCCUUUCUCACACUGCCCUCCAGGACUCCCAGCCGGCUCUGUUUUUAUUGCCCCCAGAGGUCCUGUCUUCACUUUCUCCUGCCCUCAUGAGACCCCCUAGGUGAUCCCCACCCAGGAGCUGACUGAGUCCGGAGCCCACAGAUGCCCUCCCCGCGCUCUCGAUUCCCCGUGGAGCUGGGCUCUGUUAGGGAUCCAGAAGCCCAGGUGGGACAACUGCAUCGCCUGGCUGCAGCUGGGGGCCCAGGCUGGGGCCUCUCGCGGCUCCUGCGCAGAGUUGUCCAGGUCGAUGGUGAGAACUCUGCUGGGCAGACGGGGCUCUUCCUUUCGGCGCUGCUGGGCCACAGCUCUGCCGUGCAGCUCCUGUUGACCUUCGGCGCCAACCCUAACCACCGCUGCCUCGAUGGCAGCACGCCUGUGCACGCAGGUGCCUUCUCGGGCCGCCGCCCGGUGGUGCUGCACCUGUUGCGGGCAGGGGGUGACCUGCGUCUACAUGACCAGCAGGGUCGCACGCCUCGGGACUGGGCAGAGCAGGGUGGCGCCAGGCAGAGCCGGGAGGUGCUGGAGCUGCUAGAGCUAUGCCGAGCCCGCGUAGCAGCACUGGUGCAUGGCGGUGCGUUGGCAGCCAGUGCGUCCCUGGGCCAGCUGCAGGCCAGCUCUGUACACCACCUGUGUGGCUCCCUGUGGUUGCCGCGGCUGCUGCGUGCGGACGGGGCGCCGAGGCAGGAGCAGACCAGAAGACCCCCCCAAAUCCCAGCCUUGGGGUUUGGCCAGCUGAGCAGCCUGUGGCCACUGGGGCUGCUGACGGGCAUACCCCUCGCGGACCCCAAGGAGCUGCUGCCAGCCCAGGGCGAGCCCGACCGCACCUACGAGAGCAGCUCCCGCACCCUCAUGGCCAAGUGAGAGCUAGC